AUCACCCAAUCAAAGUAGAAAAAAUUGAAAAAAAAAACAUUUUCACAAAAAAGAAACAAUUUGCGUUGUAAACUUUUCAGUUCAUCGAUACCCAAUUUACGUGUGCAUGCUUUAAAGCCAAGCUUUGAGAAAGAUACAAAAAUCGCGCUGUUUUGUUUGCUGGUCGUCGCACAAAUUUCACGAUUUCGCGUUGACGGUGUUGAGAGUGUUAGAAGAGAUUUGCACCUGCGGUUUUUGCGGAAGUCUCACAUGUAAUUGUCAUGAUGUGCGUAAUAACAAAAGAAUAUUUCCUUUCUUCUUUCCCAUGCAAAUAAAUAUCAGGAACACCGCCAACGCGAAUUUUCUUCCGAUAUUUUUCGAGUAUCAAAUGAAAAUAUAUCGAUAUCCGAUAAUAUUGCUUGCUGAAGCAUCGAUGCCAACUGCUCGAUAUAUCGAAGGAAAAGUAUCGAUACCCGCGGCAUCGAUAAAGUAUCGCACAUCCCUAGCAACUUUCCUUUCCUUAAAACUGCAAAUUCAAGAACAUGGCGCCUUCGGAUAAAUUGGUUUCAUCUGCAAAGACUAAACCCGUAAAGAGUUCUAAAACUCCAAAAAAACAGUCAUUACGCGGUAAAAAUAUGAUGAAGAAGAAGAAGGAGCACCUUCGUUUUGGAGUUGAUUGUACAAACAUUGCUGAGGAUAACAUUAUGGAUACCUCGGACUUCGAAAAGUAUCUCAAGGAGCGCUUUAAGGUAAACGGAAAGAUUGGAAAUCUAGGCAAUAAUGUGACGUUUGAACGGCAGAAAAUGAGAGUUUAUAUCAACUCUGAUGUCCAUUAUUCUAAGCGGUACUUGAAAUAUUUAACUAAGAAGUAUUUGAAGAAAAACAGUCUACGUGAUUGGAUCCGUGUCGUAUCCAACGACAAAGACCUAUAUGAACUGCGCUAUUUUAGAAUCAGUUCAAAUGAUGACGAAGAAGAGGAAAAUGAAUAGAAGCGACGACUUGAUGUCGAAGAAAUUACAACAAAUUUCUACUAAUUAA